CCGAACCAUAUUUCACCGACAUCCCCGUGGUCUUUGAAGUUAUCGAGUUCUUCCGUGUAAAAUUUUUCCCAACUGUUGAUAAAAUACAUUUGUGACAUAAAGUAAUGCUAAUAGAGAGUUCCAUAUUUAUAUAUACGGUUACUCUUAAAGGAGUUAUUGGGGUGACAGCAGAGAGCGUCUGCCGUGCUCGAGGUAUCGAACGUGAGUGGUGUGGCGCUGGAUGCCGCGACGCGCGACGCCUAUAUAAAUGCGCGGCGUCGGCGGGCGCGCUCAGUAUGUGUCAUGCCUUGGAAGCGCGAGUGUCGUCUGUGAUGGCGGUUCUAGUGCGGUUGAAGAUGCAAUGCGGCACCGUUAUAUUGCCGCUCGUCGUUAUUGUCGUGGUGUGUAGUGUGGAUCUUGUUUGUGGAAUGUUCGAGCAUCGACAAUGCACUCACCAACAUCCCCGGGCGCACGAGGUAAUUCACGGCGUUCAUAUAGAGCCCGCACAUCAGGUGAAGAAACGUAGCAUCAGUCAACCACUUCGAAUCCUGUUAUCAUACGAUGAAAGCGUCUACAGGUUAGCUGACGAGAAACUGGAUCUAAUAAAUAAUACUAUUCUACCAGAAGCUGUUCAUUUCUGGGAACGAGCACUUAUGGUCCGUGAAACGAAGAACACUAUUAGAUUGAGCAGGAAAUGUGAAAGUAGCCAAGUCUUCGUUAAAGACCAUCAUACACACUGUAUAGAUACCUGCCGUCCAAUCACCAUGUGCGGUGAAGUAGUCGUCCCCGAACAUCAUCUCGACGUCUGUCGAACAUGUAACGCAACUGGUCAUAAUUGCGGAAUAGCAGAAGGAAGCAAAGCUGGUAGAGGAAUCGAUGGUGCUGAUUUUGUCUUCUAUGUUUCCGCAAUGCAAACCGAGAGAUGCCAUAAAGGAUUAACCGUAGCCUAUGCUGCGCACUGCCAACAAGAAGCAGCAUUAGAUCGGCCGAUAGCUGGUCACGCAAAUCUGUGUCCAGGAAGUAUCAGCACGAAGCCACAAGAACUGGAAAGGUUAUUAAGCACCGUAAAACACGAAAUACUGCACGCCUUAGGAUUCUCUGUAAGCCUAUAUGCCUUUUACCGGGAUGAGAAGGGUGAACCCAGAACUGCUAGACGGGCAGAUACUGGUAAACCAUCAUUAAACGAAACGUUGCAAACACAUCAAUGGAGCACAAGCACUAUUAAAACGGUGGUUAGACCGUACUGGCAUGUGCAUGGUGGAUAUGUGGAAAGGUCUAUUCAAAUGAUAGUUACACCCAAAGUUCGAGCUGAGGUGCAAGCUCACUUUAAUUGUCCAGAACUAGAAGGUGCAGAAUUAGAAGAUCAAGGCGAAGAUGGCACAGCGUUAACACAUUGGGAAAAACGAGUAUUUGAAAACGAAGCAAUGACAGGAACACAUACACAAAAUCCGGUGUAUUCAAGAAUAACACUCGCCCUCAUGGAAGAUACUGGAUGGUACAGUGCAAACUAUUCCAUGGCUCAAGAAUUGGGAUGGGGUAAAAACCUUGGUUGUAAUUUUGCAAUGAAAUCCUGCAAAGAAUGGAUAUCCUCUAAAUCUUCUCGUUUAUCGGGGAAAUCUAUUCAUCCGUUUUGUAAUAAAGUGAAGCAAGAUCCAUUGCAAACAGAGUGUACUGAUGAUCGUAGUUCAGUUGCACUCUGCAAUUUAAUUAAGCAUCUACAACCAUUGCCUAAGAAAUAUCAGAAUUUUGAUUCAAUUCCUUAUGUACCGAGCUCAGAAGUGCAAUACUAUGGUGGUUCGGUAGCUUUAGCAGAUUAUUGUCCGUAUAUACAAGAAUUCACAUGGAGAGCUCUGAAUAAAGUAGUCAGAGAUUCUCAUUGUCUCUACGAAGAGAAUAAUCCACAUCCAGACAAGAAUUUUGCUUUGGAGAAGUACGGUCCACAUUCAAGAUGCUUCGAUCACACCAAUCAGAUGUGGGAAGAAAAAACAUGUGAACAAGCUCGGCAAUGGCGACAUUGGGGAUCUGGCUGUUAUCAAUAUAAAUGUGAAGCCGGCAGAUUACACAUUAUGGUAGCAAACUAUACUUACACCUGCUACCAUGCAGGCCAAGAAAUAGUAAUUAGAAUAUUACAAAAUGGAUGGCUCCACAAAGGUGCUUUAAUUUGUCCUCCAUGUCGAGAUAUAUGUCAGGAGGAGUUAAAAGAGAAACAUGAACACUGUAAACCUGGAGACGAGCAUCCACCUGCGACGUAUUACCAUAGAGACAACCUUUAUUGCGCAUCUGCAGGAACAAUUACAAAUAUGUCGACAUUAAUUAUGUUAAUGUAUUUUUUUAUACUUAGAUGAUGUGCGGUUGAAUUUAGGUAAUAUUUUUAACAACGUCCAAAUUAGAUCGAUAAAUCGUUAUAGCCUACCAUCAAAAUGUCGUUCGAAAGCACUUUACAAUUACAAUUCGAAGAUUUAACGACGCAAGAAUAUCUUUGGAACCAAAUAGUAGUUUCCUAAAUUGAGUAUAAAACGGGGUGGCAAUUUUAUUUUAAUAUUUUAAUGAGGAUGACAUAUCUUCAAUGUUUUCAUACCUCGAAAGAUAUAAAAUAAUGCAUCAGGUAAUACUUUUAAGAUUUUACGCGCGAGAAAAUUGAUGCGUGUUGUAUUCCAUAUACUGCAUUUUUAUCAUAUAAAUUUACAUGUAAUUUCUUAUAUUUAUAUUGAUGUAUCUGACGAGGCAUUCGUGAAGUGCCAAUAUUAAAAUAUAUACAUUUAUGCCUACUUGACUACGCUGCCUGUUUAAUUUUUAUCAUUCUAUUGAGAUAAUAUACUUUUGACAUCACAAGUACCUUAGAACAUAUUUUAUUUUAUUAACUAUUAAUGAAAUCAGUCUAUGUCAGUUGUAAGUAAAUAAAUCAGUGAUUUGUUUCAGAAGUAUCAAAUUGUGUAAGUGCCAAUAUUAUCUGCCAAUGACACUUUAUAGUUAAUCACGAUAUGUACGUUCGUUACAUGCAGUAUAAUUUUAGAACAUUUAUCCGUACUUUAAUUUUAUGUAAAUAGUAUUAAUUUCCUUCUAAUGGCAACAGUUUCUUAGAUACUUAAUCAAUGCUGUUAUUAGUAUUAAAAGUACAUUUCAUUAUAAACAUAUGCGCAUUGUAAUCUUUUAUAUUGUAGAAGUCAGAAAUUUACUUUACUAAAGUAUUCAGUAUCUGCUUUUAUGAUUGUUUAUUACAAUUGAAACCUUUGUCUAGUAAUAAAAUAUGUCAAAGUUAUAAUUAUAUCUCAAGCUAAUUAAGUUGCGAUAUGUAGUCUGUAGAGUAUAAAAGUAUAAAAUACAAAAUAAAUGGUUCAUUUUAGCGAGAAGGUUUUGGGUUUUGGUAAUAUGAACAAGCGUCCGUAAAUAAUUUCAGACUAUACAUUACGAAAUAAUUGGCACUAACUUUUCAUUUAACGAAAAGUAGAUAAAUUGUUAUUCUGUAUUUAAUUACCAAUGAUUUUACAUGAUAUCUUUAUAAAAAAGGGUUUCUAGAUUGGAAAACCUAAAAAUACAGAAAAAUGUUUCAACUUUUUAAAAGCUGUAAUUAAAAAUAUAUAUACAUGUAUAUAUGGAGACUGUUAUAAAAAAGAUUUGGAGUCUCAUGUAGUAAAUUGUAUUCACUUAGCAAAAUAGAAAAUGCUUAUUUAAUGUAUACGGAAACAUUAAUUUUGUUAAAUCCAGCAAUAAUUUCCGGGUUUAAUCAUGCAAGUGAUUUUCUUGCGUCUAUAUAUCAAAUAUACUAUGAAAACCAAGAAUUAUUUUCGUAAAUUUUUAUUUUGUCACUUGUGAGAAAUGUUUAAAAAUAUUUUCUACUAUUAUAUCAUACAAGGAAAAUUGUUACCUCGAAAAUCUUGAAAAUACAUUAUAACUAAGCAAAUUAUCCGCAAUGAAACAAAACAUUACGGUGCAUAUUUUAAGAACCAUUGUAAUAUACUAUUAUAAGGACGAUUGAACAAUUCAGCUAUUAUAUAAUUUCAGAAGUCGUUUCUUAAUGAUGUUUCGUGAUGAUGCAACUAUUAGAUGUGGAAAUUGAUUGUAAACUUGUUUAUAUUUCGAUAAAUGUAAGUAUUUCAAUGAAACAAAUGUAUGACUCGAUGGUUUAAACUUGAAAUUUUAAGGAAUGUAUAAUUUCCAAACAAUUUGGCUUAAUAUUACAUAUUAUACAUACUUUAUUUAGAGGACAUCUUAUUUAAAUAAAUCCACUUGAAGAUUUCUAAAACUGUUUAUAAUACAAAAAAUAUUAUAAUCUGGUUUCAAGAGAUAUAUAACUUGACAUAACCACUUUUUUUUAGAUGAACAGAUAAAUAACAUAAAGAUCAAUUAUAUUUUUAUGCAAUUAAUCGACGCAACCCAUUAUUUUCUUGAAAGAAUAUUAAGCCAUUUAUGAUAAAAAAUUAGUAACUCAGGAGAUAUUUUCAUUUGGAUAUUGCAUUGCGUUCCUCAAUGUUGGCAUGGUUGUAUAUAAAUGCGUAGAAUAUUUUCAAAUGAUCACUUAUUUAGUAUUUUUUAUUUUAGAACUUGUAUCACAAUUGUUCUUCAAUUUUUAACGUGGUGAGUAUAUUGAAUUUCGGUCAAGAUCCAAUAUUGAGAAAUCUACUCUUAUAGAAAUAUUUGAGUAAUAAUAUUUAUAUAAAAGAAUAUACUUUUGUUUCUUAUUUGUCAGAGACAUUACUGUUUUUGUUUAUGCUAUGUAAAAUAUUGGCUUGUACAUCUAUUUCAAUAUGUUCACCAUCUCUGUUUAUACACUUUAGCGGUAUGUUUUUUAACUUAUAAAUUUUGCAGAAUGUAAUUACAUUGUAUUAAAAACCACAAAUUAUAAAGAUA